CAAGCCCCUCUUCAUCACCAGCAGCAGCAGCAGCUUCCUGCAUCUCACUCCGUUCUUCUUCUUCUGACACUCCGCGUCUCAACUAUCUGCCACCAUGACUCAUGCGCAUCCCUUCCUGAGUGCUGAGCAGAAGAAGGAGCUCAGCGGCAUCGCCCAGCGGAUCGUAGCUGCCGGGAAAGGCAUCCUGGCAGCGGAUGAAUCCACAGGCAGCAUGGCCAAGCGCUUCCAGGGCAUCAACACCGAGAACACGGAGGAGAACCGGCGGCUUUACCGCCAGCUCCUCUUCACCGCCGACGAGCAGGUCAACGCCUGCAUCGGCGGCGUCAUCUUCUUCCACGAGACGCUCUAUCAGAAGACAGACGACGGCAAGCCCUUCGCCCAGCUGGUCAAAGAGAGGGGCAUGGUGGUGGGCAUCAAGGUGGACAAGGGGGUGGUUCCCCUCGCCGGCACCAACGGCGAGACAACCACUCAAGGUCUGGACGGGCUCUACGAGCGCUGUGCUCAGUACAAGAAGGACGGAGCCGACUUCGCCAAGUGGCGAUGUGUGUUAAAGAUCACCGACACCACGCCGUCACAGCUGGCCAUCAUGGAGAACGCCAACGUGCUGGCUCGCUACGCCAGCAUCUGCCAGAUGCAUGGCAUCGUGCCCAUCGUGGAGCCCGAGAUCCUUCCAGACGGGGACCACGACCUGCAGUGCUGCCAGUAUGUCACUGAGAAGGUGUUGGCUGCGGUCUACAAGGCCCUGUCGGACCACCACGUCUACCUGGAGGGCACGCUGCUCAAACCCAACAUGGUGACCGCUGGACACUCCUGCCCUAGGAAGUACAGCCCUCAAGAGAUCGCCAUGGCAACUGUCAGCGCCCUGCGCCGCACUGUGCCCCCCGCAGUGCCAGGUGUGACCUUCCUGUCCGGCGGGCAGAGCGAGGCCGAGGCCACGGCCAACCUGAACGCCAUCAACCAGUGCUCCCUGCACCGGCCAUGGGCCCUCACCUUCUCCUACGGCCGGGCCCUGCAGGCCUCAGCACUAAAGGCCUGGGGGGGCAAGAAGGAGAACGGCAAGGCCUGCCAGGAGGAGUACGUCAAGAGAGCCCUGGAUAACAGCAAGGCAGCUGUGGGGAAGUACGUGUCGACUGGAGAGAAGGGAGCCUCAGCUCAGGAGUCUCUGUUUGUGGCUGACCACGCCUACUGAGGGAGGCCAGGCUGCCCCCCCGCUCCACCCACAUCCAGCUGGAUGAUGGUCUGUACGGUCCUACAUCACACACAUCAACCAACCUUCACUUCAUUCCAUUACUGAUCAGAGCCGGAGGAGUUUCUGGAUAGGAAACCUUUAGGAUUUGAAAAAGAAGACUACAACACCCAUAAGUCCAGUUAAGUAGCUAGCUCUAUCCUCCCUUUGAGUUUGACUUUGCACUUGUUGACGCCAGUGUUACUGCCUGACUUUGAGUUUUGUGUCACUUUAUUUUGUGUUUGUUCACUAAACCCCACAGCGAGAAAUAGAAGAGUUCCCCCGUUGUCCUCAGUUUGUAGUUCCAUCUCUUCACUAUUUAACUGAACCAACAGCUGGGGGGUGACUUUAUAGUGUCAGUGUAUACACUGGAAAGAGAUUCAAAUUAAAAUAUUCCACAACCAA